CGGAAGGCGUGUGUCUGUGCACUGCGUCUCCGCCGUCAAUGCAAACGAAGUAAGAGGCACCGAGAGUCAAAGCUAAAAUCCGCAUUCAAGACAAGAUGGCAGGGUUGCCCCGCAGGAUCAUUAAGGAAACACAGCGUUUGUUGGCAGAGCCGGUGCCAGGUAUAAAGGCAGAGCCAGAUGAGGGCAACGCUCGCUACUUCCAUGUGGUCAUCGCCGGACCUCAAGACUCUCCCUUUGAGGGAGGAACUUUUAAACUUGAACUCUUUCUUCCUGAAGAAUAUCCCAUGGCAGCUCCGAAAGUACGCUUCAUGACCAAAAUAUAUCACCCCAAUGUAGACAAGCUGGGAAGAAUAUGUCUAGAUAUUUUGAAAGAUAAGUGGUCUCCAGCCCUGCAGAUCCGCACAGUCCUGCUAUCAAUCCAGGCAUUACUAAGCGCUCCCAACCCAGACGAUCCUCUAGCAAAUGACGUCGCAGAGCAGUGGAAGACUAAUGAAGCUCAAGCCAUAGAGACAGCCCGAACAUGGACCAGGCUUUAUGCCGGGAACAAUAUUGAAGUCUAGAAAUGGGGGGAAUGAAAAGAGAGAGAGGAAAAAAAGAAAGUCAAGAGUGAACACAACUCCAUGUUCUGCCAAGACCUAUUCAUUUUCAUGUAAAGGACACAGUCUUAGGAAACAAGCAAACAAAAUACGAUAAACUGUAAAGAAUAUAUUAACACAAAAGUAAAAAGAAAACUUCAGACAAUUUGUGAUUUAAAUGCACAUUAGUACAACAAAAAACAAGCGUCUUUGUCCUGAUUCACUGCUGUUCAGAUGCAUGGGCGGAUGAUCUACUCAUACGGCUUUCUUUUACUGUGGUUGGGGAGGGAGCCGCUGACUUCUGCUAUUAAGCGUGCAUUAAAACUGACCGUCAUUUGUCUGUCCCAUAGUUAUUUUCUGGGGGGAGGGUUGGGGGAACUUUUUUUUAUCUUUCUUUUAACCUUUUUCUUCUCAUUGCUCUUUACUAUUGAGGAGCUGCAGACUUAACCCCUGCUUAGAGCACCCUUUCUGUCAGACAUCAGACUUACCCUCAUAGAAAACCUAGCAGAGAGCUCACUAAAAUGGAAAGGAAAUCCAACAUUUAAACCACACGCAAACAGUAGUUUCACCUGGGAAAUGGUUCAACUGGGUUGUCUUCCCAGCAUCACGGUAACAGUUACAAAAAUGUAAACCCUAACCUAGAACUUGAUUUAUGUUUUGAACUAUGGAUGGGCAAAGUAGAGCUAGAGAGAAGGGAGAUGUUGCGUAAUAUUUCUUUAAGUAUAACAAUUCUGUCAUCGUAUCCAGUUUUAGUGUUUUGUUUUUAUCUAUCUUGCCAUCGCUGUACUAAUUGCACUCUUGAAACUCCAUCAUUGCGUGCUUUUUUUCUUUUCUUUUCUUUUUUCUCGUGUCCAUCACAGUCCAGUGCAUUUAGAUUCAUUUGUCUGUUUCUUCCCUUAAGCAUUUAUUUCAAAGCACCAAGGUAGCUGGGGCGGGGGGUUGAAGACGAAUGAUGGAUAGUGAGAUUUUUAGUAAAGGGAUUGAGGGGAUGGGAAUGUUUGCGGAAACAUUGUAAAAGAUCAAUAAAGGCUUUGUCUCAAUUUCCACGAUUGGUCUUUGGUUAAAACGUCAAGUCUGUAAAUUCCUGCUUUCCAUAGAAAGAGGAAGAAAAAAUAAAACAAAUUCUGCUUUUUAAAAAUGUGAUGACAAAAGUCCAUACACAUAUUUCUGUUCUUUCUGUAAAUAAAAAUCUGUUGAUUAAUAAUA